AUGAGCACCCCGUCCCCCUCUCCCACACCUGCGAGCGGGUCGCCCUCGCGGUCGAUUCGCUCACGGAUGGGCGGUGUCAUGCGACGAACAUCCUCUAUUCUCGCAAUGGCGAACCCUGCCUCCCGCCCAACCACCCCUGCUGUGUCGACAGACGACGUGUCCAGACGCUCGUCGGCGUCGGGCCCGUCGGGCCGAAACGCCGAUGCCAAGGCGUCAACGACAUCGGUGAAUAGCCAGGCUGUAGUGGCGCCCGCACCGGUUGUUGCUGCACCCUCCCCCGCGACAGCGCCAGUCAUAAUCCCGGCCCCGCCCAUGGAAGCCCAAGCUGCCCCAGCUGCCGAGCCCCAGCCUACCGCCACACCUACUACGACCACGAGCUCAGUGUCUGUCGAGCCAGAGGCCUCAUCCGAGGCUACUGCAGUCCCAUCGGACCCUGCGCCACCCGUUCUCGUUGACUCUCCUCCUCCGGUCUCCGCCGACACCACUCCCACCGCCUCGCCCCCACCUUCCCUCAUCCCAAAGCCCUCUCCGGCAAUCAAGCGCCUCCUUCCCGUUGCCACACCUUAUUCAAUGCACCCGUCUCCGAUUAUGGAGUCGCCUGCCCGCGAGGCCGAGGCUAACGCCGAAGAAGCCGCGGAGGCAGCACAACGUGCCCGGAUCGUCGGGCCGGCGCCGCUCGGGCCAGCUGUCGCGGCGGUCAUGUCCCCGCCUACCCAGCCGGAGUUGGAGCCGGUCCCGGCGGAUCAGCCAGUCCCGACGGAGGAGGCGGGGUAUGUCCCGCCCCCGCUGGUGUUCGAUAGCAGUAAUCCCGGCGCGUUUACGGACGAGCCUGAGGCGAUUCCCAUCGCGCCGGCUGCCGUCCCGGUUGUCGAGACAUCUGCGGAGCCGGCUAUCCCGGUCCCGAAGUUGGACCCCUCACCGUCCUACUUCGACCUCGUCCCGCCUUCUACCCUCCUCCACCCAAUCGAGGCGCUGUCGCCCGACUCGGUCGCGACCAUCGUCCCCGGCGCGGGCCAGACAACGGUCGCAGCGGAGGAGGAGUGGCAGAGAGCUGUGAAAGUUGAGCCGUUCCCCUACGAUGCGGCGGGAGGAGUCCCUGUGUUCGUCGCGGAGCCAACGCCAAUGGCGAAUCCGUGGCCGGAGUCCGGUCCGACAAUCCCCGAGCCGGCGCCGGCAGUAGAGACGGCGCCAGCGCCUUCUAUGCCGGAGCCUGUUCUCGCUCCUGUUUCGUCUUCGGUCGUCCCCCAGCCUGUAUCAGCGCCUGUGGCCGCUUCAGUGCCAGUCACUGUGAUGACCGACAGUCCCGCUUCGCUUGCGCACCCGCGACCGUUGCCCAGUCCACACGCUGUUCCGCCGAUUUUGAGUGAGGUGGAUGUCCAGGCGUUGCCCGAUAUGGACGACGGGCAGCCCGCGCUAGCGGCAACAGAGGAGCGAAAGGACGCGCGGGAAGUGGGACAGGGCGGGUGGUGGGAGAUGGCGGUGGACGGGCCGACGGGGGUCGCGAGGGCGAUUGUUAUUCCAGACCCGGCGGUGCAGUUUGAUAAUCAAGACCCGUUCGCAGACCCGCCGCCGGCGGGUGUGAGGGAAGAGGGAGUCUAUGUUGUGCCCGUCCCUGUGGGCUUGCCGGUCCCUGAGCGAGGUUACGACGCCGGGAGCAUACGGGACGUGUCGACGCUCCCAAUACCCGUUCCAAAGGAUGCCCUGUUUGGGUCGAUCCGGACCGUGCCCUCCGCAGAGAACAUCCCCCUAGCCCCCGAUCCGUUCUUCGAGCGCGUCGUGAGCGACGACCAACCGCUGCUCGGCGGCGCCAACUCCCAUCAUUCGCAUCACCAUCAUCACCGCAAAUAUCACUCGACCGCAACUGGCACGACCCUUGCGGAUGGGCCGGAUGGGCAGAGCCUGCACGAUCUCGGCUGGCUUGUAUACGCCCUCCCGGACGGGCUCGGCGUGUACUUUGUGCAUCCGAGCCUGAAGGUGAUCACCGAUGCGGAUUUGCGUGUGCCGGUUGUGCUUGCGCGCAUUGGGCGGGCGGUCGGGUAUGGGUAUGAAAUAAACGGGAACGGGUAUGGGUCGGGGGAGGAGGGCAGCGUGAGGGGGAAAGGAAGGGAGGUGUGGUUGCGGGAGGUGCCGGUGAAGAGUAAGAAUGCGAAGGGGCGGAGUAAAGGGAAGGGCAAGGGCAGGAUGGGGCGGGAGGACCUCGCGGAGCUGGGCUUGGCAAGGUGGUGGAUCGACCAUGGGAAGCGCGAGGUUGUCGCGGAUGAGGCGGUCGUGAACUCGGAAGAUCAUCUGGACAAGGAGUACAGAUACUGGGCUUUCGUAGAGGCGCACCCUGCACACUCGGUCGUCCCGUUCAGCGUGAGGAAAGAAGCGGUGGAUUUGUUGACGUGGGCGUGGACUGAUCGAUUGCUGCCCCCUGCAGAGCAGCCUACGGCGCCGCCGUUUACGCAAAGUGAGUGUCAGGAGUUGUUGGGCGUGUUGCGGUCCUUUGGAGAUGUCCCGCAGCAGCAGGGAGAGGGAAUCCAGAGCGUCGUGCUCACGCGGCUCGUUUCACGUAUCAUGCUCCGUCUUGCGCAUUGGCGCCAACACCAUUUCCGCCCACACAAGCCGCUCCCCCUCGAAGCGCACCAGAACAAGUCUCGCAGUCGUGGACCCGGCUUUGUCCGCCGCGCACUGGAUGCGCUCGUCGCGGCGCUUCUGCUCGGAGUGCCAUUUUUGUUCUACCACAAGCACGUUCCAGACGCGGAGGGUGGACGAAUCUACGGGCAAAGGAGUAUACUCCCCAUGCUAGUUGUCGGCGCAGCAACGUGUCUCCUCGCGGCCCUCCUGCUCAGCACCUCAAUGACCUUCCUCACGCUCCCAGGGCUGGCAUCUGCGCCGCGCAUCGGCGCGCUGGCAGUUGCCGUCUGUGCCGCGGGCGCCGUGGUCGCCGGGCUCGUUGCGCUCCUCCGGCUCAAGGCAGAUCAACUCGCUGCCGCGCGCCUGAGUGACCCGCUCCUGCGCGGGGUGCGCUUCGACCCUGCGUGGGAAAGAGGGGAGGGCAUGAUGCUUGUUUCGACGCGCAGCGUGGUCAUGUCGCUCCCCCUCGUGCUGCUGGUCUAUGCGCUGCUCGGGUUCGUCGCGGUAUUGGCACUCUAUGCGGCUGGCCCGCCGCCUGGUGCGCCCCCGCGUGUGGGCGAGGUUGCGAGGUAUGUGGUGCUUGGUUUGAUUGGGGGACUUGGCGGGGUGUUGGCUAUGAGUUUGGUGUUGCUGCGAAGGUGA